CUAAUUGGGGUCACUUUGGAAAGACGAAGAAGAUGAAGAAACCAUCAAAAAAGAGCGAAAUCGAGUUCUGCAAGGUGUGCCGGUUGCAUCACGACCAAGGCUCGCGCCACAAGUACUUCCCUCGCCACAAAAGUUCCCUCUCUUCCUUACUUGAUCGAUUCCGAUCGAAGAUAGCUGACGUCAGAUUCUUCCUGAAGAAUCCUAGCGUUCUACGGCCACAAGAGCAGUCGCAAAACCGUGUUUGGUGUGUUUUCUGCGAUGAGGACAUCGUUGAGCUUGGUAGCUCCUUCGCCUGUUCUAAGGCAAUCAAUCACUUCGCUAGUUCCGACCAUCUUAAAAAUAUCAAGCAAUUUCUAUCGAAAAAUGGCCCAGCAAUGGAUUGCGUUGACGAUUUCCGAAUUUCAGAAGCUGAUGUAGCUAAGUGGGAAAAAAAAUGCCAGUCAUUGGGAAAUGAAGAUGCAUCCUCUUUUAAAGGUUCCUGUGGACAGCUAUCUGGGACAUCUAAUGAUAUCCACACUAAACUUGCGUUUGAAACUAUGGAUAGAAUUGAAAAAGUUCCUGCACACCAUAUAAAUUCAUAUAAUUCAAAUGAUGUUAUGCCUUUACAGUAUAAUACGAAUGAGUAUCAGAUAUCACUUUCAGAGAUUCCUGGAGUUACACAUUAUGGUUCAUAUCUGAACAUGGAUGCUUCCCACCUCCCUCUAUGUCAUGUAGCAGGGAACGGGUUUGGCAAACAUUCCAUUCCUUGUAGCAGCAAGGAUUACUCGGGCAACGGUAAUUAUUGCACCCAAGAGAAUUAUCAGGUGAGCCAGGAUAAGAAACAAAUUGAGGGCAGUUACAAUCCUCCAGGUGUGGUGGGCAUGUCUAGCAUUUCGUCCUCACAUUCCACCGAUGCUGGCGGGAACGUUCACUCUGGAGCUCCUCCACCAUGGCUUGUUGCAAAUGAUGGGAAUGUUUCUAAUAUUCAACUAAACCAGUCAGACAUGGCCUGCGUUCAGGCAAAGGUACCUAGGAAGAAUUGUAAUCUGAACCCUAAUAGGGUUGGCGCUGCAUGGGCUGAAAGGAGAAAGAUAGAGAUAGAAAUGGAGAAAAGUGGACAUGCAACGAAUAGUAAUAUUGAUGCAGACUGGCUUCCCAACUUUGGUCGGGUUUGGCAAUCAGGCACUCGAAAAGAAUCCAGAAAAGAAUUUGAGAAGGAAAAACGGAAGUUAGUAAAAACUGAAAGCGUCUCUACAGAAUCAGAACCAGUCAAAAUACAACCGUACAUUAGCAAACGGGCGCGAAGAGAGAGUGGUGAGUAAUGGCUGUGGCUGACAUCCAAAAUGGCAACUAGUAAGGAUUAUCUCAUGUAGGAAUUUUAUAAUCCUCGUUUAUUGGAGAUCCUGCUCCAGUGUAUCUUGUUUUUCAUGUUGAGCUAUGAUAGAAUUUUAGAGGUAUGUGAUCCUGGAUACUCCUUUGAAGUAGUGUGAAAAAAUGGAUAAAUUUUGUUUAUGGUA